GCGUAUGUCGACAACAACCUCAUUGGUACCGGGAAGAUCUCGAAGGCGGCCAUCUUGGGCCAAGCCGGAGGUGUAUGGGCAGCUUCCCCAGGUUUCACUCUCUCCACGGAGGAGCAAGCGGCGGUCGUACGGGCAUUCUCCAAGCCCGAUGAGGCCCAAGCGAAUGGCAUCCGUCUCGCCGGUCAGAAGUUCUUCACUCUUUCAGCUAACGAUCGCAGUAUCUACGGCAAGAAGGGGGGCGAUGGUGCCAUCCUAGUUAAGACGAAACAGGCGGUGCUCGUCGCGGAGUACACUGCACCUGUCCAGGCACCCGAAGCAACGCCUAUAGUCGAGAACCUGGCCGACUACCUUAUUGGUGUCGGUUACUAG